CAUCGUGGAUAAGAUAAUUAAGUAGAGCCAAUGAGAAACGAGAUCCCUAGUCACGUGAUGCGAUUAAACCAAUCGCCGUCUUGUAAAUCAUUCUUGUUUUGGAUGCGGAAAGGAUUAGUUCAAUAUAUAUUUGCUCGUAACAAAUACAGUUUUAUCAUGUUUUGAAGACGUUAAUCUUGAAAACUUUAAUGGUAUGAGAUUUUGGAAAUAUUGUUUAUGCUUUGGCAUAUUUAAUUUGUCAGCACAACCACCGUCUCUCGGAAUAAUUUUGUUGGAAUGUUAAUUUCAUAACAAAGGAUGUAGGCUAUCACCAAUAGUGCGAAUAGCCUAGCUGGAACUAGGUCAAACUACAACCUGAAUCGGACUGCUAUUUUUAUCACAGUCACGUGUCAUCGCCCCGGCGUUCAAGAUGGCGGAUCGGGCAUUGAAAGUGCAAUUGUUUGGUCACUCAUUUGUGAAACAUUUGAAGAAUUUUAUCUUGUCGCACGAUGAUUUUCAUCCACAAUUAAAACUUCGAAGAAGUACACUAGUGCAAUACACGAGUUUCAGUGGAGGAAACGUGGAUACACUAAGACAAAAUUUAGUGUAUGUGAAGGACUUUGAUCCGGACAUUGUGAUUUUAAUUAUCGGCACUAAUGACCUUGCUUCGCCAAAGAACAGUCCCGAAUCAGUUAGUUCGGCCAUUAUGGACUUGGUGGAUACGCUGCUAUUUAUUCAAGCAGUACCAUGUGUAAUAGUGUUUCCAAUCUUUUAUAGGUUGGUUAACAAAAUUCCAAUUCGUCAUGUAGUGGACAUUCCCUGGUUCAAUAACAGGGUUUAUGAAACAAAUGCCAUUCUCACUGCAAAGAUAAAUGGUUGUUCUCAUAAACGUGUUCGCUUUUGGGUGCCAAAAGGUUUCUGAUCAGAUGAAGUGCUGACGGAGGUCCUAGCCAGUGACGGGGUUCAUUUGUCAGAGAGGGGUCAACAGAAACUCUACAACAAUAUCCGGGCGGCGGUGGUUGCAGAGCUGAAUGCAGGCAGUCUUGUGUUAUAAGAUGCGUAUUGUUUUAAGUUCAUUUUAUUUUUAAUUUUCGUAAUAUAAAUACAUGAUCGAGUUGCAUUCAUAAGGCAAAGCCUGUGACUACAUUAAAUUUCAUUUUUCUUAUGGAUUUGCAUCUGUUUUCUUUAAUUUUAGUACAAUACUUGAUAUUUACAAGCUUUACGGAAUACAAGUGCAAUGUAUAGAACUGUCAGUUCCAUCUUAAAGUUUAAAUGAAACUUUUGACUCGGCCAUAGGCAUUCAUAUGCAGUUUGGAAAGACACAUAUCCGCCUUUUUAUGUGUAGCCCUUUUUGCUCAUUUCCGCUUGAGCUCGGCAACUAAGCUACACCACAAUUUCCAUGGAUUAAUACUGAUUAUUCUGAGUCUGUUUAUUUUCUACUUGAGAGCGGUUGCUUUUCGGUAGUAUAUCCGACUAUUUGCUUGAGAGUAGUACUUGUGUGUAUACUGCUACUUUUCAGCUUUUAUGUUAUAACUUAUUUUACUGCUUGAGAGCAGACGCUAUUCAGCAGUCAUCUACAUACAUAUGCUUUGUAUAUUAUAGGUUAUUGUGUGUCGGCAAUUGUAAUCUAUUUACUGCUUGAGAGCUAAGACUAAUCAGCAGUCCUUUUUCAGUAUAUAUAUGUUUCAGUACAUAUACAUGUACCGGGUAUAUGACCUACGUAAUAUAUGCUUGACAUAUGACAUAUCAUAUUUUUCAGCAAUAGUGCGUAUUUACUGCUUGAGAACAUGCGUUAUUCGGCAGUGGUUUUAAAACUGAAUGGUUUUCUGUCUUAUGUCUGGGGUCAUUAUACACAUAAUGCCAUUAUUACUUUUACACAAUCAUUUACUUUAUAAUGAAAUUAUUAUUGAUGUACAGCAACGUUCGAUUGGUUAUCUGAUUGAAUUGUUUUGUCUAUAAAUCUAUUCGCACAUUUAUUUACAGACAGAAAUUUCCGUGCUGAUCUGUCGGUGAGUCUGUUAAGACAGUUUAAAUGGCUUAGCAGGGUGAAUUAAAUUUAUUCACUCAUGUUUAUUGUCUAAAGUACAUGGAUAUAUUCAAAUUUCUGUAUUGCAGAUGCGGUCUAAACGCAAAGCUGUUUCUACAGUGUCUUCCUGUCCAUUUUGUCCAUCAGAGAAAAAAGCGCGAAAACACGGGCCAGCAGAAACAGUUAAUUGUCAGGUUCAAAUGCCCGCCGCUGACUUACAAACUGAAACUAGUCGUAAAUCACGAAGAGCACAAAGGCCUUCGGUUGAUACGGGUAAAUUACAAACAGGAAACAGUCAAAAAACCCGUAAAUCCUCUCGCGUGACCGUCCAUCAAAAUCGGAAUGACAUUCAAGUGCAAUCAUCCGUGUCAAAAGUGCACAAAAAUAUGAAAACAAACAAUAAAGGGAAAUCAUCCACACAGAGAAAUUUGGGUGAACUUUUAGAGGAGAAUUCAGAGGACAUUUCCACGGAGGACGAUCUGUCUGACGCCUCUAGCAGUUAUUCGAACAUUCCAGUGUCUUCAGAUGAGGAGGAAGGGUUGCCAUUUGGGGAGGCUAUACAGAGCCACAUAAAUGACAUUGUACCAGGAGAUCAACAGAUUCAAGGCCCUCUCAUCAGGUAUGGAUGUCAUGCCGACGGCAGUCCCGGAUCAUCUAUUAGACAUUUGAACCAGUCUGUUUUUAGGCUGCUGGAGGGCUCGCUGGCACCAGCUACAGCAAUUAGUUAUAGAAACGCUUUUAAGCGAUAUACACGCUUUCACACCACGUAUUAUCCAUCUGAUAACUUACUACCUAUUUCAACAGCAAAAAUCUGUCAAUUUAUUGCUUAUUGCCAUGACAGUGGUCUUAAAGGUUCCUCUAUUACUUCCUUGAUCUCAGCAUUAGCAUAUAUUCACAAUAUUUCGGGUUGGAAAGACCCGUCUAAAGCUUUCGUUGUUAAAAAGAUCUUGUUCGGUCUGAGAAAGUUACAUAGUGCUGACAAUAGGUUACCAAUUUCCUAUGAUCUGUUAGUUAAAAUAGUUAAAGUUCUGCCUCAAGUUAUCCACGACACUAAAUUACGCCUCUUAUGUCAGACAAUGUGGGUUUUAGCUUUCUUCGCUCUGUUAAGGAUAGGGGAACUUACGGUUACACCCUCUGGGGCCCAGAAUACAAUCCUAUUAAAGAAUGUUAGGUUUCAGUAUAAAGAUCGAAAACCUGUAGGGGCAUCACUGCUCUUGGUCAAUUUCAAACACUCACACGGGAUGUCUGCUACAGUCUUUAUCACAAGAAACAACAACAAGGCCACAUGUCCGGCGAGAUUAUUGCAUAAAUAUAUCCGCAACUGUCAUCAUAAAAGUGGUCCUUUGUUUUGUGUCCCUUGCGGUCGUCCAGUAACAGACAAAUUUUUUAGGUCUGUCUGGAGAGAUUGUAUUCAAAAAUGUAACCUUAAUACAGUGUUAUACACGCCGCAUUGUUUGAGGAUUGGGAGUGCAACACAUGCAUAUGAGCGCAAUAUGUCAGAUUCUAGGAUAUGAUUGUUGGGAAGAUGGAAAUCAAACGCGUUUAAGAAAUACAUCCGUCCUGUUAAUUACAUAAAAUAGAUAGCAGCUUUAAGUAGUUUAUGAUUCGUGAGGGGCCUAGUAUUUAGACGUGGUACUACCACUGCAGUUGUCUUUGGACACCAUUUGUUUUUUGUAUAUUUUUGUUUUGUUAUACAGAUGAUGUUUAUAUUCAUGCACAUUUGCCCUUGCAAGGUAUCAAAUAUUGUCUGGUAAAGCCAGCUCUGGAGUUUCACGUUCACAGUAUUUGUCUCUGAUACAAUUUUGCAAAAUCACUUGGUUCGACACUUCUUGUCUGGUUGAGCCAGCAAUUAGUAAUUUUUUAUAUUGCAUGAGUCUUGUGUUGCAUUGCAAUGCACAUUUCAAAUCUUCAUAGCUGCUAAGAUUUUAUUUUUUCUUCUUUCGCAGCCUUUUGUAUAAUUGUGUUGUACAUAUUUUCAUUAUUUUCAUUAUGAAAAGCGUAUUUGACCAUACCGAUGAGAUCAUUGUCUGGUAGAGCCAGCUGGAACUCAUAGGGAGCUUCAUGUUUAUAAACAUUGUUCCUCAUACAAUGGUAAUAUAUUUCAUUACAUUUCUUGUCUGGUAGAGCUAGCAAGUUGAUGGAUGAUGGAUUGCAUGAUUUAGCGUUAUUCUUUCACACAUGAUACAUUCAUUUUUUCGCAGUGAAAUAGAUGAAGAUUAUCAUAAUAAUUAUAAUAUCUGCUAUAUCAGAUAUUUUAAGGGUUUGCCAUUUGUGUUGGCAUUAUCUAAUUGUACAUAUCGAUAUUAUGAAAAUGCUCAGCUUAAGUUUCGGUCUGGUAGAGCCAGCCGGAACUAGUGAUAUACGUCGUGCUUUUUUCAACCAAGUUUACUGUGUUAUAGUUAGUGUUCCACCUCUUGUCUGGUCGAGCCAGCAAGUGGUUGGGUUUUAUAUAACAUGACUUUGAAUAUGUAUAUACUUUACUCAAUAUAGUUAUGUGUUCUAGUACAGCUAGUCAGAUGUUAAGACAUUGUUUGUCGAGUAUACGCAAAGUGCCAAAUUAUAAGUCUAUCCGAGCCAGCAAGAGAUUUUGGUAUAGUCUUUUUUAUGGUUAUUAAUAUACAUUCAACUCUAUGGUGCUGUCGGCAUCUUGAAUGCCUUUUGAUAAUUGUUACCUUUUAUAGAUUUCCCCGUACGGCUAGCUUGUGUAUCAUCCAGGGCGCUGUGUGGCGGUUUCUUAUCGCCUGGAUAUAGAUAACUCAUACUUUUUCCUACACUUUAAUGUAAUUUUGUUUUCCGGUAUUUUGUAAAUAAAUAUCCUAUAUUCAAUUCAUACAGUAGUUGAGUUUUCUAUACGAAGUGUUACACAAGCUUUCCUUUGGGGAAACAAUGAGACAUAAAUAAAUUUUAUAUAAACUUAUAUAAAAGGAUUUAGGUAUUUGUUUACCAUUUGUAUUUUCUAUUAAAGUUCUUUGUUUUAAGAUUCAAUUAAGUUUAUGACGCAUACAAUAGAAGGUAGCAUCGUGGAUAAGAUAAUUAAGUAGAGCCAAUGAGAAACGAGAUCCCUAGUCACGUGAUGCGAUUAAACCAAUCGCCGUCUUGUAAAUCAUUCUUGUUUUGGAUGCGGAAAGGAUUAGUUCAAUAUAUAUUUGCUCGUAACAACCUCCAUCUUUCCCUACCUCCUCCGUAUUUUAGGUUGGUAGACGUUCAAUUUUAUUGUCGGUUUUUCUUUGGCUCUAGUUUCUUGUCGCUUGUAUUAUACAAACAUGUCUGUGUAUAUAUGUAUUUUUAGCGUUAGUUAGCUUCUAAUUGUUUUGUCGGCGGUUUCUUAUCGCCUGGAUAUAGAUAAAACUCAUACUUUUUCCUACACUUUAAUGUAAUUUUGUUUUCCGGUAUUUUGUAAAUAAAUACCCUAUAUUCAAUUCA